GGAUGACUAUGAUUUUAAAAAAAAGAAAGAAAGCAACAGGUGAUGAGGGUGUGGAGAAAUUGGAUCCCUCGCUCAUUGCUGGUGGGAUUGUAAAAUGAUCCAGCCACUGUGGAAAACAGUUUGGCAGCUCCACAAAAACUUAAACAUAGAAUUACCAUAUCAACAAGCAAUUCCACUUCUAGAUAUAUACCUGACACAAUUGAAAGCAGGAAUGAAAAUAGAUACUGGUACACCGAUGUUCACUGAAGUAUUAUUCACAAUAGCCAAAGAGUGGUAGUAACCUAAAUGCCCAUCAAUAGAUAAAUAGAUACACAAAAUGAAUAUUCCUCAAUCAUAAAAAGAACUGAAGGCCUGAUACAUGCUACAACAUGAGUGACCCUCGAAAACUUUAUGCUGAGUAAAAUAUGUCAGUCACAACUGCGCAAAUAUUGUAUGAUCUCACUUUUAUGAAAUAUCGAGAGAUGGCAAAUGUAUAGACGCCAAAGUUUAUUAGUAGUUACCAGGGGCAAGAAGAAGGCAGCAAAGGAAAGUCAUUGUCCGGAGGGCACUGAGUUUCCGAUAAGAGUGAUGGAAAAAUUAGGAGACUGAGAGUGGUGAUGGUUCUACAACAUGAUGAAUGUGAUUAAUGUCACUGAAUUGUGCACGUAAAAGAUGUUGAAAUGGCAAACGUGUAUUUUUACCACAAUAAAAAGAAUGUGCAGGUUAGAGUGUCUCACCUCAAGUCACUGAAUCUACCAGUAAACAGGGUCAAGGCUGGAGUCACCAAUUUGUUCCAGUUUCUCAAGGACUCUCCAAAUAAAGACACUGAAAGUCCCACAUCAUGGGAACUCCUCAGCCCUGGGAAAGCCAGAAUACCUGGUCACCCAAGUUGUAAAGUAAUGGAUGCUGCCUGAGUCCCCAGCGUACUGCUUCUGUUUCUAACCACCUGUUUUCCUUCUUCUUUGCCAUAUGGAAGAGAUGGUGCCAAACAUCCUCUACACCAGUAUCUUUGAUAGAACUGGGAUACCCAGGUACAGCAGUUGCCACAGAUACCUAUUUAUUGUAGCCUUGAUAUCAGGCUUUCCUGGUGAACAGGCUUGGGCCCAGCAGGCUUUCAAUUUAUGACUCCAUGCAUCGGCAUCAGCUGAGAGGAACACCGUUCUGACCCUCCAUGGCAGCUGGAACUAUCAUGUGACCAGACGAUGAUUGGAGCAGGAAGGAUGCUGAUGAUGUGACUGCCUCCCUUUUAUCUGAAAAAAAGUUUCUAUGAAUAAUUCUCAAUUAAGAAACAUUAAGCAUCUAUUUUCAAAAGAUGCAAAACCCUUAAAGAACAACUUCCUCCUUGACAAUUCCUCCAAUGAUGAUAGAAAACAACAUGAGCAAUAACAAGGAAAAGUCCUGGUUAUUGGCUCAAACUUUGGCAGUUCAGUGUAUAAAAGCCCCAGAGCAGAAGGAGUUCUCAGAACCUGGGACACUCACCUCUGAACAGAAGCCCACCUUCCACACCUGACACCAUGACCCACUCCUGCUGCUCCCCUUGUUGCCAGCCCAGCUGCUGCACAACCACCUGCUCCCAGCCCACCUGCUACACAACCACCUGUUGCCAGCCCACCUGCUCUGGGUCCUGCUGCUACCAGCCUUGCCGCCGCCCAACUUGUCAAACCACCUGCUGUACCACCAGCUGCCAACCAGUUUGUCAGACCAGCUGCUGCCGUCCUUCCUGUUGCAGCACACCCUGCUGCCAGCCCACCUGCUCUGUGUCCAGCUGCGCUGGCCAAACCAGCUGUGGGUCCAGCUGCUGCCAGCCUUGCUGCCGCCCUAGUUGCUGCUCCACACCCUGCUGCCAGCCAGCUUGCUCUGGCCCCGUGUACUGUCGGAGAACCUGCUACCGCCCAACGUGUGUCUGCCUGACUAGUGGCCUACCCCAGAGCUUUGGAUCCAGCUGCUGCCAACCUUCCUGCUGCUGA